AUGGCCAGUCCAGCUUCCAAGAUUGUUGCUAGCAUAACCGGAGCUGCUGCCGGCCUGCUGGCCUCGUAUGGCUAUCAAGGUUCCAAUCAGACGAAAGUCUCCAAUUGCCAAGCCGUCGCGACGACCGCCGACGCCGCUCCAUCGUCAGCCUCGCAGAAGCCUCAGAAGCCUGUAGCUCCCAUUCGGUGCGCCAUCGAGCUUGACGGCCUCGAGCUUUUUGAGACCCUCGCUCGGUGA